AUGACUAGAAAUAAUGUGGGCUCUGCCCGCGCAGGUUCGAAUCCUGUUGUCCGCGUUGAAAUUUCAAUUCCUGAAACCCUCAGGUGGGAUCAUUAUUAUCAGUAUCACCUUACAUGCUCCUGCUUCUACAACCAGAUUCCACAAGAUAUUGACCUGGGUCUUGACUCGCUUGGCUUAACAACAACAGCAACCACUGUAGUUAGAGGAAAUGACACCGACCAACAAGCUUUACUCCAGUUUAAAGCCAAGAUAACGGGCGAUCAGCUCGGAGCCAUGGAGUCUUGGAACAAUUCCAUCCAUUUUUGCCAAUGGCAUGGUGUUACUUGCGGCCGGAAGCAUCAGAGAGUAACCAAGUUGGUACUGCAAUACCAGAAACUCUCGGGAUCUUUAUCACCUUACAUUGGAAAUUUGAGCUUUCUCAAGGAGUUGAAUCUUUCAAACAACAACUUAUACAACCGGAUUCCUCGAGAAAUCGGACGUUUAAGAAGAUUGAAAACUUUAGAGCUGUCCAAUAACUCAAUCAGUGGUGAAAUUCCUUCCACUUUACCUGCUUGUACUAUGCUUACAGUAGUUAACAUAGAAGACAACCAGCUAACGGGAGAAAUACCUACUUCUUUGGGGCUCUUGUCAAACUUGAAAGUCUUGAGGUUUUACAACAACAGUUUGAGAGGGAGUAUCCCACCUUCGUUGGGGAACUUGUCGUCUCUAGAGAACCUUGCUUUGAUGCUGAAUGGACUAACUGGGAUUAUAUCAGAAGCUCUUGGGCGUCUCACAAAUCUUUCAUAUUUCUCCAUAACCGGAAAUGCAAUUUCUGGUAUUGUUCCUGUUGCAAUGUUCAAUCUCUCCAAUAUUAGAGUCUUUGAUGUUGGUGAAGACAAGAUUCAAGGUACUCUCCAUUCUGACCUUGAAAUCACUAUGACAUAUGUUGACUUCUUUUCCAUUGAGGGGAACCAAUUCUCUGGACAAAUCCCAAUUUCAGUAUCCAAUGCCUCAAACCUGUAUGCACUUCAAUUUGGGGAUAAUAGACUCAGUGGUAACGUGCCUUCAUUAGAAAAGUUGGAUAAAUUGGUUAACCUUGACAUAGGCAAAAACCAUUUGGGACAUGGGAGAAAAGGUGACUUGAACUUUGUCUGCACUUUAGUCAAUAAUACCAAACUAGAAUUUCUUUAUAUAGGCUUAAAUAAUUUUGGAGGCGUAUUUCCAGGAUGCAUUAAGGAUUUUUCUAGCACCCUUUUACAUAUAGCAGCUCAACAAAAGAAAAUAACGGGAAGAAUCCCGGAUAGGAUUGGAAAUCUCACCAAUUUGGAGUUGCUAUCAUUAUCAGAAAAUCAACUAUCAGGUCCCAUUCCCUUUGAUAUUGGGAAACUUCAAAAGCUACAAUUAUUUUAUGCUGGUAGGAAUUCUCUCAAUCAGACUAUUCCUCAUUCUAUUGGAAAUUUAACAAAAUUAACUAAACUUGAUUUAGGUAUCAACACCCUUCAGGGAAGCAUUCCUUCAAGUCUAGGCAAUUGUCAAGAUUUACUUCUAAUAGAUCUUUCAGAUAACAAUCUUACUGGCCCAAUACCCCGAGAAAUACUUAGGCUUCGAUCCUUAUCCAUUUGGCUAGAUUUAUCAUCAAACUAUUUGACCGGUGAACUUCCUGAUGAAGUAGAAAAUUUGAAAAAUCUUGGUGAACUCUAUGUUUCUCAAAAUAGGUUAUCAGGUUUGCUUCCAAACAACCUUGGUAGUUGCGUAAGUCUUGAGAAGCUGUUACUGGAUGGCAAUUUGUUUGAUGGGCCUAUUCCUUCAUCUUGGAGUUCACUAACAGGUCUUGUGGAAUUGGACUUAUCUGAUAAUAAUCUUUCGGGAGAGAUUCCAAAAUUUCUUGUGAGAUUUGAGGUAUUACAAUAUUUAAAUCUUUCUUUCAAUGAUUUUGAGGGACUGAUACCAAGUGAAGGAGUCUUUAAGAAUGCAAGUUCAACAUUUGUUGAGGGAAACUAUAAGCUUUGUGGAGGCAUCCUUGAAUUGCACUUGUCAAGGUGUAACCCGAAAACAUCAUCAAACACUUGCCUAAAAUUAAAAAUUGCAGUUUUUGUUGCGAUUUUAGGUGUGGCUUUGGUGUUCACUUGUCUCCUCAUCUUGUGGUUUAGAAAGAAUAAAGAGCGAAAGCCAACAGAAACUUGUGCAGAAAAUUCGCUUUUACAGUUAUCAUACCAAAGCAUCCUAAGGGCCACAGAUGGAUUCGCCAUGCAAAAUUUAGUUGGUUCAGGAAGUUUCGGCUCUGUAUACAAAGGAAUUCUUGAAGAGAGUGGAGCAACUAUUGCCGUAAAGGUGUUUAAUCUUCUGAAUCGUGGAGCAUCAAGAAGUUUCUUGGCUGAAUGUGAGGCCUUGAAGAACAUUCGACAUCAGAAUAUUGUCAAUGUAUUAACAACCAUUUCAGGUGUCGAUUAUAAAGGCGAUGAUUUUAAAGCUUUGGUUUACGAGUUCAUGGCAAAUGAAAGCUUAGAGGAUUGGUUGCAUCCACAUAUCAGCAUGAACGAACCAGAGACGACUAGAAGCCUAAACUUCUUCCAAAGAGUUAAUGUGGUCGUAGAUGUUGCUCAUGCACUCGAAUAUCUGCACCAUCGUUGUGAAACAUCAAUACUUCAUUGUGACCUCAAGCCAAGCAAUAUUCUACUCGAUGAUGAAAUGAUUGGCCACAUAAGUGACUUCGGCUUAGCAAAAAUCCGUUUUGCAGACAGGUUUAACCAUUUUGUUAAUCAUUCAAGCUUGCUUGGAUUAAGAGGAACUAUUGGUUAUGCUCCACCAGAAUAUGGCAUGGGAAUCGAAUUAUCAACGAAAGGUGAUGUGUAUAGCUAUGGCAUCCUCCUCCUGGAGAUAUUUACAGGAAAAAGGCCAACUGAUGAAAGGUUCAAAGAAGGUUUAAGUCUUCACAUCUUUGUUAAGGCAGCUUUGCCCGAUCGAGUGGUUGAGAUUAUAGAUCCCAUUUUACUUCAAGAGUGUGUUAGAGAAGGACAAUUCACAGACAUCACCCACAAUGCAAACAACAUGGGAAAUGACAGCCACCUUCAUUGCUUGAAUUCAAUAUUCGAAAUAGGACUAACUUGUUCCGCUGAAUCACCGAGUGAGCGGAUGGACAUGAAUGAUGUUGUUAUCAAACUUUCUUCUAUUCAAGACAAGCUUCUCCGUCCAACUCGAUUACAUCGUGGGAAUCAAACUCCAUACAUUACUCAAUCAGCAUGUAAUAAUGUCUUCUUAUAUUAG